AUAUCCGUUCGCUCACAUAUUUCAAGUUCACGAGUCGCGUUCAACAGUCGUGUGUUGUCUUGAAUCACGAUGGGUGGUUUAAUGGCAAAAUAUACCAAAAAAGAGAGGAAAGCCACCGGUAUCAUGUCCCGAUUAGACCAGCAAAGGAAUAACUUACUAAUAUAUCAGAAGAAAAUUGAGCCAACUCUAGAAAUGCAUCGGCAGCUUGCUAUACAGCUGCUUAAUGAAGGCAAACGCGAGGAAGCGAAGAAAGUACUAAGGAAGAGACGGUACCGUGAGCGACAAUUACGAAGUUCUAACGCCCAGCUAGAUAGAAUAGAUCAGAUAGCUAACGAUCUCCAGUUGGUGUGCUCACUCAAUGAGGUGCCCCAAUAUGUAGAGAGCAAAAUCAAACGUGGCAAGUGGAGAUCCAUCAUAAAGAGGAAAUUAAAAAAAUCACAACAUAAUACCGAUUCAAGAAAGAAACUGGGAAAGCCCGUUGUCGAGGACAUUGAAAUUCAGGUCCUCAACGUUUUUAGUAAAAAGGAAAGGAAAACAAGUAAAAAAAUAUAUGCUAAAGCAAAAAAUGGAAUUCAAAAGCAGGAGGAAAUCGAUAAAGCUAUGAUGCUUUCCUUUAAAUUAGAAACGGGAGACGAAGAGGCAAUUCAUGAAGAGUUGGAAGUCAUUUUGCAUGGCAGCUACCAAUUGCCCGACAUCAAUCAAGACGGUAUACAAGUAGAAUCACCUCAUGGGUCUAUCGACGUUACUGCAGAAAUUGUUGUUAGUGCUUAA